UCUUGAUUUCGAUCCAAUCCAAACGUCAUUUGACUAUCGUGCGCUAAGGUUGCUUUGUUCGACGUACUAAAACUUGUCGUUGUAUCGUUGUUUCUGGAACUUUGAGUAACUAAUUUGUGUUAGUGCAAGUGAAUAUUAGAAAGGAUUAAAAAUGGUGAAAGAGACAACGUAUUAUGAUAUUUUGGGGGUAAAACCUAACUGCACUACAGAUGAACUCAAGAAAGCAUAUAGAAAGUUAGCUUUGAAAUACCAUCCUGACAAGAACCCCAAUGAAGGUGAACGCUUCAAGCAGAUCUCACAGGCCUAUGAAGUUCUUUCCAAUCCGGAUAAAAGGCGAAUUUACGAUCAAGGUGGAGAGCAAGCAUUAAAAGAAGGUGGUGGUGGAAGUGGAUUCUCUUCUCCAAUGGAUCUGUUUGACAUGUUCUUUGGCGGUGGCUUCAGUGGUGGCAGGCGACGUGGUAGAGAAAGGAAAGGAAAAGAUGUUAUACACCAGCUGUCUGUCACUUUAGAAGAAUUGUACCGUGGUGCAGUUAGGAAGCUGGCUUUACAGAAGAAUGUUAUUUGUGAGAAAUGUGAAGGCAGAGGUGGUAAAAAGGGUGCAGUCCAAACUUGCCCAACUUGCAGAGGCACCGGUAUGCAGGUACAAAUACAACAACUAGCACCCGGCAUGAUCCAACAAAUCCAAACUGUGUGCUCUGAUUGCCGUGGCAUGAGGGAAAUCAUUGAUCCUAAAGAUCGCUGCAAAGUCUGUCAGGGACGAAAAACUGUUCGAGAUCGUAAAAUUCUUGAAGUUCACGUUGACAAAGGUAUGACGGAUGGACAGAAGAUUGUCUUCAGUGGUGAAGGUGAUCAGGAACCAGACAUGGAGGCUGGAGAUCUUAUUAUAGUUUUAGAUGAGAAAGAACAUGAGUUAUUUAAACGUUCCGGAAACGAUCUGAUCCUACGCUUAAAUAUAGAACUAGUGGAAGCUCUGUGCGGCUUCCAGAAGGUUAUCCGAACUCUAGAUGAUAGAGACAUUGUGGUGACUGUGAUGCCCGGAGAGGUCAUCAAGCAUGGUGAAGUAAAGUGUGUGCUGAAUGAAGGUAUGCCUAUGUACAAAAAUCCAUUUGAGAAGGGACAACUGAUAAUUCAAUUCCUAGUUAAUUUCCCCAACACAAUUCCGCCUGAAGUCAUUCCCGCGUUAGAGAACUGCUUGCCGCCGAGACCAAGGAUUGAAAUCCCAGAAAUGGCGGAAGAGUGCCAGCUGAUUGAGCUGGAUCCGGAGCAAGAGAAUCGCAGACGACGCGCUCAUCACGCCGCUUACGAAGAAGACGACGAUCACCCCGGCAUGAACCGCGUGCAGUGCGCCACCGGAUAGGUGCAGCCACACCGCACUCCGCACCUCCGCACCGCAUGGACCUGACACAUGGUGCACUACCAUCAGCUCUUUUAUGCUCAGUAAGGGCUUGUUCAUCACAAAUGUAUUGUAAGACAAUAACUGUAAACUUCAGUGCAUUAUAUAGUCUCAAUACAAAUGAUAUUAACUGCUACAAGGUGUAUGAAAACAUCAUAUAUUGACCGAGUACAGUGCAUUAACAAGCAGGGAAGGUUGCUAUCUUGUGUAAUGGUAUGGAAUCAACACAGCACAGCACACUAAUUAAUUCAAUUCAAUUGUAAUUCAAUAAUAACUUCACGCGACUUUUUAGAGCUGAUAGUUGAGUUGUUAUAGCAUUUUGUUGUGACAACACGAUAACAUUCCGGUCAGUGUGGCUCAGUCUAAAAUGACACUUUAUUUUUGGGUAUAACCUACAUGUGACGUAAUCAUCUCAUAGUGAAGUAAUGUUGAUUAUGAAUUGAAAUAACUAAUUGCGCAUUGGUUGCUGACAGCUGUUUACUAACAAUACAUUUGAUGAACACAUCCUUACAAUAUAAAAGAGGAAACUAAUUCAGUAUUCAUAUCUCGCAAUCAAUAUAGAGAAGUGUUUUUCUUAUUUCUUUACAUUUUUUGUUG